GCAAUGGAAAAACAAAUUCGUCAAGAAAUGGAUGCCAGUGCGGAAAAGGCAAGAUCUGAUCCAAUUGCCGCAGAUGACUUUGCACUUGAUGUAGUUUACCAUCAGCCUCCUCCAAAUUACAAAGUGCGUGGUUGUGAUAUCUUUACCUGGAAAUCGCAUUCCUAA